CUCUAUUUUAUACAUCACUCACAUGAUAGUGAACGGGUAAAUAUCAACAACAAUGUGAUACAGAGAACUGCUGCAGUUUAACAGCUAAACUAUGAUUUUUAAAGCGAUUUACUGCCUGAAUACUGAUCUCUCUGUACCUGCGGACUGCGGACUGUUUAAUACAUAAGGAUGCCAGCCACAAAGGGUGGUCAGUCCACCCUCGUGCACAGCCUCGCCACGCUGUUACGGAAUAAUGGGGACUCAGUUUUGGAUGGGUCCAGCACUCUCACUCUGGAGGUGGGUUGCGUGCAGCAUCUCACGCGUCUCUUCGAGCAGUACCUCCUCUCACGUACCCACCAGCACGGGUUCCUCGCCCUGCCCUCCCACCCGGCCGACACUGCCUCUCUGUUACAAGUGCAGUUCCUGUUCGAUAUGCUGCAGAAAACCAUCUCACUCAAGCUCAUCAAUCCACCGGGUUCAAGACUGCAGUCUGUGGUGAAGAUUUUCCCUUUUAAGUCCCUCAAGAACUUAGAGCUAAAAAGAAUUCCUCCUCACUGUCUGGAGGGGCUAAGAGGUGUCUACUCUCAGCUGGAGGUCUUCACCUGCUCCAAAAGCCUCAACUCUUUGGAGGAGCUGCUAUCACUCUGUGGUGGAGACCUCAGCUCUGCCUUACCCUGGUUAGAACUUCACACCCUCAACUUCAGCUACAACUCCAUUUCCUGUCUUGACGAGUCGCUUAGUUUAUUAAACGUUCUGAAGGCACUUGAUUUGAGCCAUAAUAAAAUUCAGGACUGUGCAGAGUUUUUAAAGCCACUCACUGAGCUGGAGCAUCUGAAUCUGGCGUAUAACAGCCUGCAGAGGGUGCCAGCGCUCGGCCUGAAUGCUAAAGUGAAGCUGGUCAGUUUGAUACUCAGGAAUAAUGAGCUGGAGAGCAUUAACGGAGUGGAGCAGCUGUCUUCUCUCCAGCAUCUUGAUUUAGCCUACAAUCUCCUGAUGGAGCAUUCUGAGCUCGCCCCCCUGUCCCUCCUGCACAACCUCAGCACGUUGACUCUGGAAGGAAACCCUCUGUACUUUAAAGCUACACACAGAACCACGACUGCCUGCCACCUUUCACCACGAGCUGCUUUCAAAGGAAUUCGUUUGGAUGGUUCGGCACUGUCUUCCUCUGAACUAGCGGCCUUGCCGAAACCUGGACAAAUGAUGGGUCAGAUGUCCCAGAAGAAUUCAGUCUCCGUGUCGCCUGACCAGGGUGUACAAGAAGUGUCGAGCGGAGGUGGAGAGAUGAGUGAUAGUCUGUCUGUUGGUGAUUCAGCAGGAAAAAGUCGACUCCACAGGAAGAAAUCCAGGAGUAAAGUCCGGGUGAGGAGAGCUAGUAUCUCAGAGCCCAGUGAUACAGACCAUGAUUUCAGAUCAUCUGCUUCACAGGAAAUCAUUUUGCACCAUCAAAAGGACAUUGAGAGGAUGGACAGCUUUCGGGAGCAGAUGGGGGAGGACUGGCUGCGCUACCAGCAUCACCUCGAGGGGACUGCGGUGUCCGUGUCCGUGUCCGGCUCCAGGGUGGAGAGAGUCACGGCGCAGGUGAUCGCUAACGACUGCAGCACCCCGUCCCCGUCUGCUCUCAGAGACAGCUCCCCCCCACCCAGUCUGGAGUCCCUACCUGCCCCACUGCUGUCCUCAGAGCUUAAAAGACAAGAGGAGGAGGAGGAGGAGGAGAGCACGGACCUUCAGCCUGAGACUGAGUCCACACUGCAGUGGCUGGGUCAUAGCCCAGUACAGAGCACAGAGUCUACACUGGAGAUGAGUUUAGGAGGACACCAACCACAAGAAACGGCAUCUACUGUCCCCGCACCUACAGAGGAAGAGGAGGAAGACCUUGGAGUGGAUCUCUGCAGGCCCAUGCUGGUAGGAGUUCUGUCUGAGGAUGAGGAGCCUGAUGGGAGGAAGGCCUUAGAGCCUCUUUUUCUGCGAGUUCGUCAGGGUCAUGUUCUGGAGGUGGACGUGCACCAGGGGCGAGUCAGGAAGAGACUGGAGCUGGACAGCCUGCGGCAGGUCACUGCCUCCGAGGCCUCGUGGAUGGAGAAGGAGAAGUUGCUUCCGGCUCUAGAGCUGCACUUCAGCUACAUCAGUCGGGAGAGGCGUAAAAGGUGCUACGUCUUGCUGGACGAUGAUCCUCAGGAAGCUUUACAGGCUCUGGCCGAGGUUCUCUCAAGGGUGGCGGAGGAGAACGAGCGCCUGGAGGAGGAGGCGAGGCCCGGAGUUGUUCGACUGCAGUGCCUGAAAUGCAGGGCUGAGUUUUUCCGGCCUGCGGCUGAGAACCUGCCCAGAGCCUCGUCUGAAGCAGACGGCUGUGAGGGACGUCCAGGUGAAGCCGAGUCUGAGAGAGAGCUCAGUCCAGGGGAUACAGUUUUCUGCCCAGAAUGCAGUAGUGAUCAUGUGGUCCAGCUGGCUGUGCAAACCACUCCCUCCACCAGUACUCCAGUCUACUGUGGGCAGAAUGGGGACAGAUGCUUCAACUUUGAUGACACAGACACACCUGUCCAUCCUCAUCGGCCGUCCAAUUCUCUGGACCUGGACGUAACCUCCUCAUCCCACGGAAGCCCUCAGCAUCUCACCCAACCAGCUAAGCUCUCCACGCUGCAGGACGUGGCCACAGACUCCUUCUUCACCGCCCACAGCGAACUCUCUGAUGCUUCAUCCAAUCAGAACGAGGUUUGGGUCAAUCAGACGUUCAGCUCUCAGUCAGCAGAGAUCCAGAGACAGAGUGACCCAGAGGAUCCAGAGGAUGAUCCGGGAGAAAGUGCUCGAGGCCUGCUGCUCACACAAGCAUCCGAACAUGCUCCAUUUGACCUGCUGUCGGAGGAUUUCGAGGCUGUAGAUCACAGACUGAAGCUUUACCUGGAUGUGGAGGUGUUUGAUGGAGAAGAGGAGAUUCGCUGCCUUCUGAAAAUGUCUGCUGUGAGGUUUGGAGAUCCAGUGGAGUUCCCAUCUCUCAUGGUUGUAACUGAUCGAUCCAUAUACAUCCUAGAAAUGACCUCUCAGGCAGGAGGUCAGCCUUCAGACUGGCUGCAGAAGAGGGACAGCCAUCGCUUGUGUGAGCUGAGCUACCUGGAGGUGGGUCUUGGGUCUCAGACCAUCCACAUGGAGUUUGAGGAGGGCGGGGCUACAGCGUACACGCUGCUGGUUCGAGACGGCGCCCGCUGCAAACGCUUCUUCAGCCAGCUAACAGGAAUAGCGAGGGAACUGGCCCCAAAAUCAGACAGCAAGCUUAAGGGCAUCUCAACCACACGCCUCAAUCCCAAACACCAUCUGUGGCCGCUGGUCUGUGAGGGCAGCGAGCCAAUCUCUGAGGACGACAGCCAUCCUCCGUUUUUUUACCUCCUGGCGUUUCUUCAGCAAGGUGACUCUGUGUCCUCUGUAACUGUUCUGGCCACUCGGGAAAUGCUGUGUCUCCUGGAUGAAGAUCAUCAGUGGAGCAAGAGCCACUCUGACCCGACCAAUGGGGAGGAGGGUCAAACCAGCAGUGGGCGGGUCACAGUCCGCGAAACGCAGCCAAUCAGCUGCGUCAGCUCUAUCCACCUCUUCUCUUCUGAUCCGUGCCUGGUGGACAUCAAACUCUAUGAUGAGAUGGCUAAAGAGGAGAAGACGUGGCCUCUGAGAGCAGAGGCAAGCCAGGAGAUACAAGGUUUAGUCGACUGGGUUAAAGGCCAAUGGGAGGCCAUGUUUGGGGUGAAGCUGAUCACGGCUGUACUGUAGCUGACCUCCUCUUUUACUGGUGAACAUUAUUGCACUGCUGCACUGCUGUCUGCUCCUGUCUGUGUUCACUCUGUCUCUCCACUGUGGCACGGAUUUAGUUUUUAUUCAAGCAUAUCUUACUUGUGAUUCAUAUUUUCAGUUUAUUACCUGUUGAUUUGUUGCUGUUGCUCGUUGUUCUAUUAAAUUGCGUUAUUAUUAAUGUUAAUGUAGUUAAGUAGUAAAACAGGAAGUGCCUGA